AUGGCGUCGGAGGUGCCUGCAGAGCCGGGAUCCCCGCCCCAGCCCGGUCCGUCUUCCACAGCGAAUGAUGAGGACGUCGGUCCGAUCCUCCCGCCUUCACUGGAUAAGCUUCCCACUGUGGAGGAGGAGGAGGAGGUGGAGACGCUGCAGUACGAGGCGCAGUACCUGGCCUCCCUCCCCCUGGCCUCCACGUACGAGCGCAGCUACAUGCACCGCGACACCGUGACCGCCGUGGCCGUGGCCCGCGGCACGGACUUUUUCCUCACCGCCUCCGCCGACGGCGUGCUGAAGUUCUGGAAGAAGCUCGCCCGCGGCGUGGAGUUUGCCAAGCAGUACCGUGCCCAUGUGGGCCCCAUCACCGCCCUGGCCGUCUCCGCCGACGGCUCCCUGGCGGCCACAGCCUCCACAGACGCCUCUGUCAAGGUGUUUGACAUCGGCAGCUUCGACAUGAUAGCCAUGCUGCGCCUGCCCUUCGUCCCCGGUGCCAUCGAGUGGGCCUUCCAGAGGGGAAUCCCCGUGGCGCGCCUGGCGGUCUCGGACCUCGCCACGCCGGCCAUCGCCGUGUUCGACGCGCGGUCGGGCGGCGACGAGGAGCUGGGCAGGGUCACCCUGCACUCGUCCCCGGUCACGGCCAUGAAGUUCUCGCCGGAGCAGGGCGCCGUCAUCAGCGCGGACGCGGCAGGCAUGGUAGAGUACUGGGACCCGGGCACGCUGGCCAGCCCCGCCACUGGCCUGCGCUUCGACUUCAAGCUUGACACCGACCUGUACGCGCUGGCCCGCGCCGGCACCACCGCGCUUUCCUUGGCGGUGGCCCGGGACGGAGCGCGCUGGGCCGCGCUGUGCGCCGACGGGCGCGUGCGACUGUUCCGUUACGCCACCGGCCGCCUGCUCAAAGUGCUGGACGAGUCGCUGGCGGCGGCUGCGGAGCUGCAGCGCUCGGGGCCCGAGGCCUUCCGCCUGGAGCCCAUCGACUUUGGCCGGCGCGCGGCCGCCGAGAAGGAGCUGGCCGCGGCGCUUGGGGUGUCCGGCAACUUCCUGCUGGUUCCCAGCCUGCUGGGGGUCAAGGUGGUCAACCUGGCGACCAACGCCUGCGCCGGCGUCAUCGGCGGCGGCGAGGGCGGCGAGCGCUUCCUGGGCCUGGCGCUCUUUCAGGGCGGCGGCGCACGCGGGCGACGCCUCCUGGCCGCCGGCGCCGAGAGCGCGGCGGCCGUGGACGUGGCCGCCGACCCCACGCUGCUGGCCUGCGCGGCGGGGCGGCAGCGCCUGUACCUCUUCACGCGCCGCGAGCCGGCCGAGGAGGCCAGCGGCGCGGGCGGCGGGCGCGACCUCUUCCCUGACGAGUGCCCACGCACGGUGGAGAACUUCACCACCCACGCGCGCAACGGGUACUACGAUGGCGUCCUCUUCCACCGCGUCAUCAAGGGGUUCAUGCUGCAGACCGGAGAUCCGCUGGGGGACGGGACGGGCGGCGAGUCCAUUUGGGGCGGCGAGUUCGAGGACGAGAUCAGCCGCAACCUGCGGCACGACCGGCCCUUCACCCUCAGCAUGGCUAACGCCGGGCCCAACACCAACGGCUCGCAGUUCUUCAUCACCACCGCUGCAACGCCCUGGCUGGACGGCAAGCACACCGUGUUCGGCCGGGUGGUCAAGGGCAUGGAUGUGGUGGUGUCCAUCGAGAAGUGCAAGACCCACCCCAAGACGGACAAACCCUUUGACGACAUCCGCAUCAUCAACGUGGAGCCGCGGGCGAGUGUGGAGUGA